GUAUACGUCCCUCCGUGCGCCGACCUGGCCCACCCCCAGACCGUCCUGCCCAACCUGCUGGGCCACGAGAGCCAGGAGGAGGCGGGGCUGGAGGUGCCCCAGUUCUACCCACUGGCCAAGGUGCAGUGCAGUGCAGUGCAGUGCUCGGCCGAGCUGCGCUUCUUCCCGUGCUCCGUGGACGCGCCGGGGUGCACGGGGCUGGAGCGGCCGCUGCCGCCGUGCCGGCCGCCGGGCGAGCGGGCCCGGCAAGGCUGCGAGGCGCUCCUGAACAGGUUCGGCUUCCACUGGCCUGACGCGCAGCGCUGCGAGCGGCUGCCGGUGCAGGGCGGCGGGGAGCUGUGCGUGGGGCGGAACCAGUCCAAGUGGGGCAGGCGCGGACGGCCGCUAGGUGGCGCCACCUGCUGCCCUGAGUUCGGGUCCAGCCACCCGCAAGGGAGGGCGCCCCCUGGCGGCGGCGUUGGUUCGAAUUCGGGCCCGGGCCUGGACCACAGUUCGAAUCCAGCCUCCUUCUUCUUCUCCUCCUGCCCCCGGGCCCUGCGCAUCCCCUUCCACCUCAACUACCGCUUCCUGGGCCAGCCGGACUGCGGGGCCCCCUGCGAGCCGGCCCGCGCCCACGGGCUCCUCCACUUCAGGCCCGAGCAGCGGCGCUUCUCGCGCGCCUGGUCGGCGUUGUGCUGUGCCUCGGCGCUGUUCACCGUGCUCACCUACCUGCUGGACGCACGGCGCUUCAGCUACCCGGAGCGGCCCGUAGUCCUCCUGUCGGGCUGCCACGUGGCCUGGGCCGGGGCCUACCUGGUGGGCUUCGCGCUGGGCGACCGCGCCGCCUGCAACGAGCGCUUCGCCGCCGACGGGGCGCGCACCAUGGCGCGGGGCACCGAGCGCGAGGGCUGCACGCUGCUCUUCGUCACCCUGUACUUCUUCGGCAUGGCCGGCUCGGCCUGGUGGGUCGUCCUGUCCCUCACCUGGUUCCUGGCGGCCGGGUUCAAGUGGGGCCACGAGGCCAUCGGGGCCAACGCCGCCUACUUCCACCUGGCCGCCUGGGCCGUGCCGGCGGCGCGGACGGUGGCGGCGCUGGCCCUCGGGCAGGUGGACGGGGACGUGCUGAGUGGCGUGUGCUUCGUGGGGCUGCGCAGCGUGGGCGCCCUGGGCGGCUUCGUACUGGCGCCGCUGCUCACCUACCUGGCGCUGGGCACGGCCUUCCUGCUGGCCGGCUUCGUGGCCCUCUUCCGCAUCCGCACGGCCAUGAAGCACGGCGGCGGGCGCACGGACAAGCUGGAGCGGCUCAUGGUGCGCCUGGGUGUGUUCAGCGUGCUGUACGCCGUGCCCGCCGCCGCCGUCCUGGCCUGCCACUUCUAUGAGCAGGCUUUACGCGCCCAGUGGGACCGCCGCUGGGCCGCACAGAGCUGUAAGAGCUUCGCCGUGCCCUGCCCGCCGCCACCGCUGCCCGCCGGCCCCGACUUCGCCGUCUGCAUGCUCAAGUACCUCAUGACCCUGGUGGUGGGCAUCACGUCGGGCUUCUGGGUGUGGGCGGGCAAGACGUUGCAGGCCUGGCGACGCUUCUACGCGCGCCUGGCGGCCCGCGGCAAAUGGGGGGAGACUGCUGUCUGAGGCCGGCCAGGGGUGUG